AUGUCCGGGCCGCCGGUCACGCAGCAGGUCGGGCGGGCGCGGGGCUGCGGGCGGCGGCCGGAGCAGGAGCAGCUGCGGGAGGCCGCCCGCUGCCUGGUGCUGGACGCGGACGGGAGGAGCGUGCCCUUCCAGGCCCUGUACGCGGAGCAGAAAGCGAUCGUGCUGUUCGUGCGGAAUUUUUUGUGUUACACGUGUAAAGAGUAUGUAGAAGACCUGGCAAAAGUCCCCAAGGCAUUUUUACAAGAAUCAAAUGUGAGGCUUAUAGUUAUUGGGCAGUCAUCAUAUCAUCAUAUCAAGCCCUUUUGCAGUUUAACUGGGUAUACACAUGAAAUGUACGUAGAUCCACAAAGGGAAAUUUAUAAAGUACUUGGCAUGAAAAGAGGUGAAGGUAAUGAAGUAUCAGUUCGGAGCCCUCAUGUGAAAUCAAACACACUUCUGGGAAGCAUUAGGAGUAUAUGGAGAGCAAUGACUGGCCCAGCUUUUGAUUUUCAAGGAGACCCUGCUCAGCAGGGAGGAGGUUUGAUUAUAGGCCCAGGCAAUGAAGUUCAUUUUUUGCACCUUGAUAAAAACAGGCUGGAUCAUGUUCCCAUUAAUACAGUUUUGCAGCUGGCAGGAGUUAAAACAGUGAAUUUCUCAAACAAACCCCAGAUUAUUGACAUAUGACACUGAUAUAAUAUAUACCUUUUUUAAAAUUUGUGCUCUACAAGAACAGUUCUCCAGUGAAUUCCAACAAACAUUGGUUCUGUUGUGUCUUUGUGGGACAUCUGAAAACUUA